UCAUACAUACACCCACACACUAACACACACACACGUGCAUAUAUAUGUAACAUAUAUAUAUAUAUACACACACAUAUAUAUAUAUAUAUAUACAUACAUACAUAUUGUAGUUGCCUGUAAUAGAUAUAACGUGAUUUUAUGUGUCAACAAUUAAUAGUUAUCUGAUAUAAUCUGGAAAAAGAAAAGGGGGAAAAAAAAAAUCUUAGCGGGAAAUUAAUAUUGACAAUUGAAGAAGAUUUAAAAUAUCUGUGUGUGUUACUUAUUUGUUUUAUGUUCUGCAUAUAGAUUUAAGGCAGUUACUGAAAAAAAAAAAAAAAAAAAAAAAAAAUCUUCCACAUGCGUCAGGUUUCAUCUGGUAGGAAUGUCAUUCAUAUAGAAAAUGUUUCGCUUCUUUGGUUGCUUAUACAGGAAGGAAAAAAUAAACCUAAACAGCAAGCUCGGAAUAUACCAUAGAAACAGGAAAUUACUGAGAGAUUUGUGGCAUCUUAACUCCUCCAUCUCUCUGGACAAUGGCCUUCACAUAACGGCAAUCCUCUACUUAGAAAAGGUUACAUUCCUGGAGAUGCUUUAAUGGAUCCUAUUUAUGAAAAUUAAGAUAAAAAUGGAAAAGAAAAAACAGAAAAAACGAUGUUAUAAGUUGGAGUAACAAAUAGUCAAAUUCUUCCAUGAUGGCUUCAUCUGGAUCUGGUCAGCGGAUAACCAACCAGAACAACAGCACAUCUUCCUCUUCCCAUGUUACAGCAAGGCCUGGUAAUGGCUUGCUUGACCAUGUACACCAAACCCCAACAGCAAGCAUCCCUAACAGAGAGUUCAUCAGUUUGACACACUUGCGAACUGGGCCAAGACCACAAAAUGAAUAUGUGGAUUCCACCCUGUCGGCAAACAAACUACCUCCUUCACCGUCUACAGCUCCUGCCAAUGUAACUGUUGUAAAACCGUUACAAAAUAAAAAGCCUCGUGCAGUAGCUGAAAGUCACUCACCACAGCCACAGAGAUUUACAAAUAGCUCAAAUAGCAAUAGCACUUCAACAGUCAGUGGUGUGAAUAUAAGAGUGACCAGUGGUAGUACUGGAGGCAGUGCAAAUAUUACUGGUUUUGCUGGUAGCAGGCAGACAACAAGGCCUAUAGUAAAUAAUGUUGUAUUAAAACAACCAAUUUCAAAUCAGAACUUGAAAAAAGUUAAUAUAAACACACCCAUUGAAUUGGAGAACCCUGAUGGCGCCAUUCAUGGAGACUCUGUUAUAUGCAGCAGAUGUGGAAAAUGUAAAUGCGCUGCAUGUCGAGAGAACCGGGAACUUCCGUCCUGGUGGCUCUGUGGCAAAAAAUUUGAGAUCAGUGCCAAAUCUGCUGUGAAUAUGUGCACAUGUGUGUGUUGUGUUAAAGGAAUUUUUUACCACUAUUCAAAGGACUACCAACAGGAUUCUAUGGAUGGAAUGUGUUCUGAUGAGCCAUGCGCAGGUUGCGAGCGACCACAAUGCUUGAAGCGCUGGGCUUGUAUGGCGUUAUUAUCAUUAUGUUUACCUUGUCUGUGCAUAUACUGGCCAGCCCAGUGUGCUCUGGUGUGUUGCACAGCCUGUUAUAAUGGUUGUACCAGCAGAGGUUGUAAAUGUGCUCAUGGAGAGAGCAAGAUUGGUUCCACCUCUCAGACUAGGAGACUUAUUGAGUCAGAUGGAUCAAGUGCUUAAAAUUUUGUUUGUUUUUUUUUUAUUUUUAUUUUAUUUUAUUUUAAAGAGUAGUUGAAAAUGUAAUGGCAGAAAGAAAGAAAGAAAGAAAGAACGAAAGAAAGAAAGAACGAACGAAAGAAAGAAAGAAAAAAUCAUUUUAUUCUAUUGAAGAAUUCUGGAAUCCAUAGGGCAGCCAUAUUUGUAUGUAUGUGUAUUCCCCAUACCCCUCUAAGAUUUGGACCCACCCCGAUCCCCCACCCUGCCUCAGAUUGCUUAAAUUGUGUAAAAAAAAAGCAUGAUGUUUCUGAUAAGGAGGCAAUGCCUUAUGAAUCUUCAUUGAAAUAUCUCCGUUCCUGGAGAAAAUUUAGGCAAAUUAUUUUUGUUUUUAAAUAUUUGUCUAUAAAAUGAUUUGUCAUUAGAAAUGAAAUGUUCAUGAAUUUUUC